CGGGCGUCUGUUGCAUCUGGGGUCAAUUGGAUCUCGGCGUGCGCGUGGUCGCCGAUCGCGUACUCGCGUGGAGAGGAGUACAGAAUACUGGAUCUGGAUAGAGUCGUGGACCACUGGACCCGUGGAUGAGAACUGGAGGUGGAGGGGUGGACUGGUCACUGGUGGAGGCGUGGAACUUGGAUGGGCUGGGUCGCUUCCGCUGGGUUAAGGCUGAGGCACUGAUGGCUGCUCACUCGAAUUCGGGAGGCCCCAUACCUAUUUCGGAUACUCGAUCUGUCAUGCUCUUUAGGCACAGAAUCCGUGGGUACAUGAACCCACGGGCUCAAUUGUCAUCCGUGCUCGAGGUUAAUUUCUUGCAGCCACCACCGCCGCACUACUUAAAUCUCCGGCACCUGCCCAUUCAGUUCGCCCAUGCACUGCAGCCAGCACUAGUUAGCCUUCCCUCCCUCCCUCUCUAGCUCAUCGCUUCUCUACUCUUGUUGCCUAGCUUGUCUCCACCCAGUCCACACGAGCUCUACUGCCUAGCCGGAGGGGAUCGGAGAUGUCUAGCCGGCGGUCGCGGUCCAGGGCGUCCGGUGGCGCGUCGAGGAUCAGCGACGAGCAGAUCAGAGACCUCGUCGCCAAGCUGCAGGCGCUCCUCCCCGAGGCGCGCCUCCGGAGCAACGACAGGGUGCCGUCGGCGAGGGUGCUGCAGGAGACGUGCAGCUACAUCCGGAGCUUGCACCGGGAGGUCGACGACCUCAGCGACCGCCUCUCCGAGCUGCUCGACACCGCCGACGUCAGCACCGCGCAGGCCGCCAUCAUCCGCAGCUUGCUCAUGUAGCCACCCGGCCGCCUGUCCGGCCAACCGGCGGCCAUCCGAAGUUUGUAGCUUAGAGAGAGAGAGAGACAGUGAGAGAGCGCGCAUGUUUUGGUGAAAAUCAU